UGCUCUGGGUAAAUUACCAUCCAGCUCUGUGUGUGAUAUUGCUGCUGCUGUCAGUGUAGGUCUCUGGUCUGUCCGUACAAUGGACUGAGGACACCGCUGAGGAUCCAUGCAUCCACAAUUUCUGGACUUUAUCGGGAAAAAUAUCCUCUGAAAAAUUGGAUUUCGUCUUUUGGCAUUAGCGUUUAACAACUAGAGAGUUUUGGUUUGAAAAGUGUGGGCUUGACCGAGGUUCACACAAACACUGGAUCGCAGGGAAUACGACGGAAAAGACUGUUGGGUUAAAGUCAGAGGAUGGGGAGCCGGGGGCACUACCGGUACCACUGGCAGAGCCACAAUGUCAAACACAGUGGAGUGGAUGACAUGGUGCUGCUCAGCAAGAUCAAUGAGGACGCCAUCGUGGACAACCUCAAGAAGAGAUACAUGGAUGACUACAUCUUUACAUAUAUUGGUCCCGUGCUCAUCUCCGUCAACCCUUUCAAGCAGAUGCCAUAUUUUGGAGACAAAGAAGUUGAGAUGUAUCAAGGCGCAGCUCAGUAUGAGAACCCGCCUCACAUCUACGCCCUGGCAGAUAACAUGUACAGAAACAUGAUGAUUGACAGCGAGAACCAAUGCGUUAUCAUCAGUGGAGAGAGCGGUGCAGGAAAGACCGUGGCAGCCAAAUAUAUCAUGGGCUACAUCUCCAAAGUGUCAGGCGGUGGAUCCAAAGUACAGCACGUCAAAGACAUCAUCCUGCAGUCCAACCCGCUGCUAGAGGCCUUUGGCAAUGCCAAGACCGUUAGGAACAACAACUCCAGCAGAUUUGGGAAAUACUUUGAGAUCCAGUUCAGUUCCGGUGGCGAGCCAGACGGGGGGAAAAUCUCCAACUUUCUCCUGGAGAAGUCACGUGUCGUCAUGAGGAAUCCAGGAGAGAGGAGUUUCCAUAUAUUCUAUCAGUUGAUAGAAGGAGCCACUGCUGAGCAGAAAGGCACCCUGGGAAUCACAAGCCUAGAUUACUACACUUACCUCAAUCAGUCCGGUUCCUACAAAGUGGACGACAUCAAUGACAAGAGCGACUUCCAGGAGACAACGCAUGCGAUGGAUGUGAUUGGCAUCUCAGCGGAGAACAGCUCCAUGGUGCUUCAGAUUGUGGCUGGAGUCCUGCACCUGGGAAAUAUCACUUUCAAGGAGGCAGGAAACUACGCUGCUGUGGAGAGUGAAGAGUUUCUAGCCUUUCCUGCAUUUCUGCUUGGGAUUGACCAGAACCGUCUGAAGGAGAAACUAACCAGCCGGAAGAUGGACAGCAAGUGGGGAAAUGCAAUAGAGUCCAUUGACGUGACGCUGAACGUGGAGCAGGCGUGCUACACACGGGACGCCCUCUCCAAAGCACUGCAUUCACGGGUGUUUGACUUCCUGGUCGAGUCGAUCAACAAAGCCAUGGUGAAAGAUCAUAAGGACUAUAACAUCGGAGUGUUGGACAUCUAUGGAUUCGAAAUCUUCCAGAAAAAUGGCUUUGAACAGUUCUGCAUCAACUUUGUGAAUGAGAAACUGCAGCAGAUAUUCAUUGAGCUGACACUCAAAGCAGAGCAGGAGGAGUACGUGCAGGAGGGCAUCAAAUGGUCUCAGAUUGAGUACUUCAACAACAAGAUCGUCUGUGAUCUCAUCGAGAGCAAAAGUCCCCCUGGCAUCAUGUGCAUCCUGGAUGAUGUGUGCGCCACCAUGCAUGCGGUGGGCGAGGGAGCCGACCAGACCAUGCUGCAGAAGCUCCGAAUGCAGAUCAACACACAUGAACACUUCAACAGCUGGAACCAGGGCUUCAUCAUCCACCACUACGCUGGCAAGGUGUCCUAUGAUGCUGAGGGUUUCUGCGAGAGGAACCGAGACGUCCUUUUUAAUGACCUCAUUGAACUGAUGCAGAGCAGCGAAAUAGCCUUCAUCAGAGCACUGUUUCCAGAAAACCUCAAUGCUGAAAAGAAGGGUCGACCCACAACUGCAGGCAGCAAAAUAAAGAAACAAGCCAAUGAUUUGGUGAGCACACUGAUGAAAUGUACUCCACACUACAUCCGCUGCAUCAAACCAAAUGAAACCAAGAAGCCCAGAGACUGGGAAGAGAGCCGGGUAAAGCACCAAGUGGAGUAUCUAGGUCUGAAGGAGAACAUCAGGGUGAGGCGUGCUGGCUACGCCUACCGCAGAGUCUUCAAGAAGUUCCUCAACAGGUACGCCAUCCUGACCAAAGAAUCCUGGCCGACGUGGCAAGGAGACGAGAAACAAGGCGUCCUUCACCUCCUACGGUCUGUCAACAUGGACCAGGAUCAGUUCCAGCUUGGUCGCACCAAGAUCUUCAUUAAGGCCCCAGAGUCGCUCUUUCUGCUGGAGGAGACAAGGGAGCGCAAGUUUGACGGCUACGCCAGGACCAUCCAGAAGGCCUGGAGGAAGUACAUGGCCCGGAAGAAGUACGUCCAGAUGAGGGAAGAAGCUUCUGACCUGCUGCUGAACCGAAAGGAGAGGCGGCGACACAGCCUCAACAGAAACUUUGUAGGCGAUUACAUCGGUAUGGACGACAGGCCCGAGCUCCGGCAGUUCCUUGGGAAGAGAGAAAAGAUCGACUUUGCAGACAAAGUCACAAAAUAUGACCGGCGCUUCAAGGAUAUUAAGAGGGACUUGAUCCUGACGCCAAAGUCUGUGUACCUGAUUGGAAGAGAAAAGGUGAAACAGGGUCCAGAAAAAGGACAGGUGAUGGAGGUGAUGAAGAGGCAGAUUGAUGUGGAGAAGAUCCUGGCAGUGUCUCUCAGCACAAUGCAGGAUGAUUUCAUGAUCCUGCACGAGCAGGAGUACGACAGCCUGCUGGAUUGUGUCUUCAAGACCGAGUUCAUCAGCUUACUGUCACGCAGGUUUGAGGAGAAAACCCAAAGGAAGCUACCACUCAAGUUUAGUAACACACUGGAGCUGAAGUUGAAGAAGGAGAACUGGGGCUUCUUGAGCGGUGGCGGCUCCCGGCAGGUCUUGUUUGUCGUGGGUCAGGGAGACAUGCCUGUCCUUAAGCCUACGAGCAAAUCUCUGCAGGUCAGCAUCGGCCCAGGGCUUCCAAAGAACACACGCCCCACCAGGAAGACCUUCUCUCAGGUUCGCUCCACUGCAUCCAGAGCUCACCAGCACAUCCCCUCGAGGGCCGCCCCGGGGCCUCCAGUUGCUCACCAGAAUGGUGGCCAUAAAAACAGUAACCAUGCAGCCAAUCAGAGGAACGCGCAGCACCACAGCCAGCGGCAUCCUGCGCCCGGCAACCCAACACGGCCCUUCCUGCCCAGCAACGGCAGCCAGCUGAAGGAGCGAGGCGGCAGCCGGCAGCAGCCCAACCUGGACUGUCUGAAAGUCCCCGAUCAAGGAGCUGCAGGCAAUGGAGACAGACGACCAACUUCCAAUGGAGUAAUAGCCCACAGACCGUCAGCCAGCAGGCCUGCGCCGGGGGGAGGAAGGCCCAAACCUGCACCCAAACCCAAACCGCAGGUGCCUCAGUGCAAAGCUCUGUACGCCUACGACGCUCAGGACACAGACGAGCUCAGCUUCAACGCUGACGACCUCAUCGACCUCAUCAAAGAGGAUGCUUCCGGGUGGUGGAUAGGACGACUUCGUGGAAAGCAGGGACUUUUCCCCAACAACUACGUCACAAAGGUCUAAGAGCUGCAGGUUUACAGCUCAGGGAGGAGAGUUUGUUCCCUGCUGAGAGGACGGGACGGAGCUCACGGUCAAAGAGAGACGCACUGCGAGACUCAAUGAGGAGAAAAACUCACACUUCUUCCUCUGCUGCCUUCUCACAAAUGAAUGUAAAUCUCAGUUACACCACCAGACCAGAAGACCAGUUUGAAAUGAGGCUCUGCUUCAGAAGACUGUUUGACCCUGGGGUCUGUUUUCCUCCAGAGUCCCUCUGAGUACCGAUCAAAACUAUUUAUUGUAUUUAUAGCUUUAUGUGUUCUCCUUAAUGUCAUUUAUAUCUUGCUGAGGAUUUGAGCUCCAACAUUUUUGAAGCGUUGAAAUGAAGUAUGCUUAAUCUGUGGGACCAGGCUGUGAUUUUUACUCUCAGAUGAAGGUUUGAUUGCGGAGUCAGAGGUGAUCGCCUCGUGGCAAAACUGAAGCUACUGCUGCUUUACUAGGAAUAUUUAUUUUUGGUGCAAAACUGUAACUACUUACAGGGAACGGCUUUUCAGAAAAUCAUCACACUGAUUUUUAAUUAUUUUUAAUACUAAAGCAAUAACAGUUUUAAUGUUUUCGUCCCUCAAAACACAUUUAGAAGGCAACGCAAUCAUAUGAAACCCCCGAAGAACCAGCUUCAUCUUUAUUUUUUAGUUUUUCUAUUACACCAGUAUAUUUUAGACACAGAGUAGAAGCCAUGUAUACUGACUCCUGGGCAUGCGGUCUGUGGUGUAUUAGCACUUUAUUGGUACAGGUACUACCUUGGACACAGACAUCUUCACUUGUUUCUGCCACAGCUGGUAAGUCUAUGAAGGACGGGUUGCGAAGCGAGCAAUAAGCUGAGUUUCUGACAAGAAUAAUUUGUUUACAUGAAAUGAUAAAAACAGGCAUUUUGGAUCUGAUUCUGUAUAUGUGUUCAUAUUUUAGAAGUACGCCUGUCGUUGGUUAGAUUUUAAAUUAAUUGUUUUGUAUUUUCUCUGAAGAAUCUUAGUAUUCUGAGUUUUCUCUGCUUUUGAUACUCACCGGGCUGCAUUAUUUACAGUUCAGCUUAACAUAAUGCUUAUCACAUAUAGGGUGAAUGGAUUUUUGUUUGUGCAAAAUUGUUUUUUUUAGGUGAAAGGAAUGUGUUGACAUUUUUCCGUGGCACUACAAAGAGUUCACUUUUGCUCUGCUUUACUGUUUCUGCACAUCUUUGCACUGCUGUUGCAUUACUUACACAUUCCUAUGUAUUUUUUUAAUCAAAUAACCACAUUAUGCUCUCGUCAGUAAACAAAAAGAAAAAAGACAAAAACAGCUGGGACUUCUGUUAUAGAUUUUAUGCAUCAUGAAAUAUAGUUUGAUCUGGGAUGGUUGAAAACAUCCUUGUGCAAUACGAAACAGUAGAUGGAUCUUUUAAUAAAGCAUGUAAUGUUGUAUAUUUAACUGCUUUGUUUUGUUUUUAUGAUCAGAAAUAAACAUUGAUCAACUGGA